CACCUUUCCUUUACGUCGUUAUCUACAGCUUCGAGCGAAGUCUUCUUUCCUUUUCAGUCUACUCUCAUCCACCGUCAUCAUGGCUUUGGAGGUCGGAAUGAACAUCGAGCAGUUGCUCGGUGAGUCCAACAUCGACAGUUGGGACAACGCCCUUCGUAACACUCUCGACGUGUACGGCUUACUCAACUAUCUCGACGAGGAUGUUCAACCUCCCACUCCAAAAGACCCGGACGCCCCGACUGCGGCUGAGAAGAAGGCUGCCGAGGGCUGGCGUGUUGAACGCGCGCGUGUCUUACUUGCCAUCACGAAUUCCAUGAAGAGUCGGAAUGUCCAGAUUCUCCUUCAGAAUUCGGGUUGGAAUCCUGCUGACCGCGACCCCAAGCGCCUCUACGACCUCAUCAAGCGUGUGGUUCCCAAGGUCUCCCAGGAAUCCAUCGGCAUGGUUAUCAAGGAGUAUACCAGUCUCAACCGUGCCUCCUUUGACUCCAUGGCUUCUUUCCUUAACCGUCAUUUCUUUCUUCGUAAACGUUGGAACGAUCUUAAGCUUACAGUCAGUCCUCAGGUCGAGAUUUGGUUCCUUCUCAACGGACUUGAAUCCUCCUAUCCUCUCCAUCACCGUCUUUGGGUCAACGACCUGACCAACGGUCACCUCACCAUGUCCGAUUUGCUCGACAAGCUCAAUACCAUAGCGACAACCGAGGCCACGACGCCGGCCUUGUCGGUGCAGGUUAAGGCUGGGACCAAGGAGAAAGAGGAUACGAAGUCCAGCAACAACAAGAAGGACAAGAAGAAAGGCCGACGCGAGAUGAUCGACUGCACUCAUCCCGGCUGCAAGCGUCAGAUUCCUACCGGCUUCGUCCAUGCCGCUUGUGGUCAUCACAGAAACCCCGACAAUGACGUCUGUUGGUGGUGUGAACCAGACAAGGCACCAGCUACUUGGCAGAACAAAGAGAAGGCCAUCAAGGCUCUGCAGAAGACAUCUACAGGCACUACCGCUCUUGUCGUCCACAACUCAAGCAAUCUCAACAAUCCGGCCACGACUGGAUCCAACUUGCUGUUCGCCAACAGUAUCCCGGAAUUCAGCAUGCUGGGCGCUAUACUCAACCCAGCGGGUUUUCACUAG